AUGGUGCGAUAUACCAAGCUUUUGUUGGCAGUAUUGGCGCACUCGGCCACGGCACAAUUUGUGCCGGCGCCGACUGAUUUGAUCACCAAGAAAGGACAUGCCGGCAUCAAUGUGCGAUACAAGGAAGUGCCUGCGGGAAUCUGUGAACAAGAUCCUAAUGUGAAGAGCUACUCCGGCUACGCUGAUGUUGGUGAAGACGAGCAUAUUUUCUGGUGGUUCUUCGAAGCUCGAAAUGGUGACCCUAAAGAUGCACCACUUACAGUCUGGAUUAAUGGAGGGCCAGGAUCGUCUUCGAUGAUCGGGUUAUUCCAGGAAUUAGGGCCCUGCGGAGUUGAUAACGACGGGACUGUAUACAACAACCCGUAUUCUUGGAGCAAUGCCAGCAAUAUGCUCUUUGUCGAUCAGCCUGCCACGGUUGGCCUAUCUUAUACAAUCCCCAUUCCAGGUUAUGAGGACAGCGAUGGCAAUAUUGUCCAGCUGCCCAGCGAGGAGUGUCCCGAUUACGCGCAGCAGUACGGAACAUGCGGCACAUACUCUAAGCCAGACAUCGGCCUAGUCCCCAAUACAACUGCAAGUGCGGCGCCGAAUAUGUGGAAGACGUUACAAGGGUUCAUGGGUGCCUUCCCCAAGUACGCAAGAAACGGCAUCAACUUUGCCACUGAAAGUUACGGGGGACACUAUGGCCCGAUCUUCAACGAGUACUUUGUUAAGCAAAACGCUAAAAAGUCGCACGAAAAGCCCCACGGCUCGAUUAAGAUCGACCUUGAGAACGUUCUUAUUGGCAAUGGCUGGUUCGAUCCAUUGAUUCAAUACCAGGCGUACUACAACUUCUCCGUUUCCCCCGGAAACACAUAUGACUACAACCCAUACAAUGAGUCCGUGCAGGGAGAAUGGUAUAACAAUCUUUACGGAGAAGGAAACUGCGUCGAUCGGACUCGGGAAUGCUACGCGACCGGUCGCAAUGAUAUCUGCGCCGCGGCGGAUAACUUCUGCGCCUCGAAGGUUGAAAACCUAUUUGACAUCUACUCUGGACGAGACGAGUAUGACAUGCGAGAGUUGACGCCCGACCCAUUCCCGUAUGCCUUCUACGUCGAGUACCUCAACAGCCCCGAGGUUCAAGCUGCCAUUGGAGCAUACCAGAAUUUCUCGGAGUCCUCGGGGACUGUGAGUAAUGCAUUCGGAAGCACAGGCGACGACGACCGCGAGUCUGGGACUAUCGAGGCUGUGAGAAAGUUGCUCGAGGCUGGCGUGCAGGUCUCGCUAUACUUCGGAGAUGCUGACUACAACUGCAAUUGGCUCGGUGGACAAGUUGUGGCGGAGGAGAUCAAUGCCCGCGGGUAUGAACAUGCAGGAUUUAUGAACAUCACCACUUCAGAUGGUAUUGUUCACGGACAGGUUCGUCAAAGUGACUUGUUCAGCUUUGUGCGGAUUUACGAGUCCGGUCACGAAGUGCCUUUCUACCAGCCAUUGGUUUCGUUGGAGAUGUUUGAAAGAAUACUUUUGAGAAAGGACAUUGCAACUGGCAAGAAACAUUUGAAGCCACAUGGCGGUUAUCGCACUCAUGGAACACCGACAAGCGACUACCGAGAGGGUAAUAGUACAAUUGUUAUGGAAGUGCUUGAUAGCAGUGCGACUUACAACACGACGCUCAAUGGACCGAAUCCAGCGAAACCAUCAGGCUCGGCUUCGGUCAAACUACGCAGACAGGAAGUCAAGGACAAAUAUGAAAAGCCCACCCUUUCCUUGUCCGAGCACGUUGACGCCGCCGAAAACAGUUUCCAAAUCCACUUCAUCCACUUGAUUGAUUUCCUUUCAGAUUCCCUUUGGAAAGUUCCAUUCCUGGUCGGCGGUGUCGGCGGUCUCCUCAGCCUGGGCGGUGGCCUUGGGGGCGGCCCUGCGUCGCUUGGCGGGCACGUCCUUCUUGGAGGCUGCGGCACGCUUGCCGGAGCGGGUCUUCUUGGCUGGGGCACCAGCCUCGGUGUCCUCCGUGUUGGUGACAUCGGACUUGGAAGUAUCCUCAGCCUCAGCAUUGGAAGCGGCGGCCGUGGUAGAAGAUUCCUCGGCAAUGAGGGCUUGCAAGCGACUCUUGGCACGGUAAUAAUUGGUGUGAACCGAAGAUUUCUUCAUACCAAGAUGAUCAGCCAGCUUCUGCAUGUCGAUCUACGAGAUGUUAAUACAAAUAGACAGUCAGAUAAGUGUGAUGACCGACCUUUCCGUCGUGACACAGGCUAG